AACAUUAAAACAACACUAACCAAUUUCAUCUUUCUCGUGCCUCCUUCUUCACUCUCAAAACCCUAGCCUUUUCCGGUACAAACAGAGGAGGUUAAAGAGACGGCGCCGUUUCGCUGUCCGCCUUGACAAAGCAACACAGCUUCGUCUUGGCCCUCGAUUUUGCAACUUUUUUUUUUUGUCUCUCUGAAACUCUGAAUCUCUAUCAUCAUCGUUACAAAUGGCACCAAAACCAACUAAGGCUGAGAAGAAGAUCGCUUACGAUGCUAAGCUCUGCAAGCUUCUCGAGGAGUACACUCAGAUACUUGUGGUCAAUGCUGAUAACGUUGGAUCUAACCAGCUCCAGAACAUUCGAAGGGGUCUUCGUGGUGAUUCUAUUGUUCUUAUGGGAAAGAACACCAUGAUGAAGCGUUCUGUUAGAAUGCAUGCUGAGAGUACCGGGAACAAUGUGUACCUCAGCCUUAUCCCUCUUCUUGUUGGAAACGUGGGAUUGAUCUUCACCAAAGGUGAUUUGAAGGAGGUUAGCGAGGAGGUUGCUAAGUACAAGGUUGGAGCACCUGCUCGUGUUGGUUUGGUUGCUCCAAUUGAUGUUGUUGUUCCUCCAGGCAACACAGGGCUUGACCCCUCACAGACCUCUUUCUUCCAGGUUCUGAAUAUUCCAACCAAGAUCAACAAGGGUACUGUUGAAAUUAUCACCCCUGUGGAACUUAUUAAGAAGGGUGACAAGGUCGGUUCUUCUGAAGCUGCACUGCUUUCCAAGCUUGGCAUCAGGCCCUUCUCAUAUGGUCUUGUUGUCCUCUCUGUCUAUGACAAUGGUUCAGUAUUUAGCCCUGAGGUUCUUGAUCUCACUGAGGACGACCUUGUUGAGAAGUUCGCCGUUGGAGUCUCAAUGGUGACCGCACUCUCAUUGGCCAUUUCAUACCCGACUUUCCCAGAGGCUGACAAGGUUAAGGAGUAUUUGAAGGACCCCAGCAAAUUUGCCGUGGCAGCUGUUGCUGCUCCUGCUGCUGGCGCAGGUGGUGCUCCGGCUGCUGCCGCUGCUAAGGAAGAGGAAAAGAAGGAAGAGCCUGCUGAAGAAUCUGAUGAUGACAUGGGUUUCAGUCUGUUUGACUAGGCCUUUGUUAGAUUUGAUAUUUCAAGUAUUCACUCAUUCUAGCUUAUUUUACAUUGUGUGUUCUUUUUGUUUUAUAUAAUUCAAUUACUUCUAGAAAUUUUUUUUACGCCUCGACCCAACAAAUAGGGAAGAAGACCAGACACAAUUCAAUUUAAUUUUGGAAUUUUUACAAUAUAUUUAAUUUUGUUUAAA